AUGAAGUAGAAGCACAGAAUUUUAUCAAAAAAGAAUAAAAAGGUCAAGCAGUUGAUGCGUCGUUUCUAAGAUGAUAGUGACGACGAACAAGUUGCUUAAAAGAACUAGCAUGCUCAAAGAUAAGGAUAAGCUAUUAAAAAGCAUGAUAAAAACUAAACCAAGAAAGGACAAACUGAAUAAAUUUAGCCAUAACUUAAGAGAAAGGGAUCUGAUAGAACAAACGAUAGUUUUGAUGUUUAAAAUUAAAGUAAUAACGAAAGCGACCAUGGAGAUGAUAAUAUGGAUGGUUCAAAGCAAAAAUCUACUUUCAGCAGUGUGUUUUCUAAAAUUCUCAAUCAAGAUGUAAAGAAGACAACCUCUAAUAAUCCAAUUUUUUCAGAUUUCAAUAAACCUUUGAAAAAAGUGCGCUCAGAAUUAAGAAGAGAGAGAGAAAAUUUACUUAAAAAGAAAAUUAAAGAACUUAAGGAAAGAAGAGGACAUGUUCUUCCAUAGAGCAGCCCUGAUGGUGCUUUAUAUGAAAAAGAAUUAAAAAUAUAAGCUGCUAAAGGUAUUAUUAAGAUCUUAGAAGCAGUAAAGAAUUAUUAGGAUUAAGAAGGAAUUGAAAAUUGA